AUGAGCACCUGCGUUGAAUUUUUACAAUAUUUGAAAUAGUAUUUAGAUCCUCUACUCAUUAAGGAAGACAUCAGCAAAUUCGAUAGAAGUAUAAUCUAAGUCGAGUUGAAGAAGUCCUUUGAAGACAUUGAUGAAAAUGAUUAGUCUCAGCUUCUUUUCAAUUUACUAUUGAAGAAAUGCAUUCAAAUCAGUGAUAAUUUAGAGCUUAGCGUAGAGGAAGGCAAAAAAUAACUUAGGGAACUCCUUGAAGUAGUUAAAGAUUAGCAAAAGACAAUCUUCUAAGUAUUUUAUACUCUUCUCACUCUCUUUUUAAAAGAAACUUGGACUGGUCCUUCAUUUUUAACUACUGAUUCUUUGAGAAAAAUGAAAUUAGAAAAGAAAACUCAAAACUAACUUUUUCAAAGCAAGAAAUAUCCUACUUAUGAUUUUAGCAGCGUUAUUGCAAAGCAUAAUUUAGAAAAGUUUAUUCCUGCUGACAUCAACACCUACAAUUAUAAAUUCAUCAAAACAGCAUACUUCUUGAAUCGUUUUGAUUCUUCAAUUAUAUCCAGUCUCGAAGUCGAUUCUGAAAACUGGCCUCGUCUUUUACCUUUAUCUCAUGUCUUCAUUGUAUUAGUAGAAAUUAUUUCCUACUUAAAUGAGUUAGAUAGCCAAAACCCUUUUUAUGUUAUUUAUCUUGCUCGUGUAAAAUUCAUUCACUCUUAAAUGCUCUUCCUCCCUACUGGUACUUUAUAUCCUUAAGUCGUUGAGAACUACUCUAAGUUUUUCAAUUUGCUCAAGGAAUUACAAUUUAAGUUACCCCGUUAGACUUUGUCAAAUUUAUACGUUGAAAACUCUCAUGCUCUUUUAUUCUUUUACAAGUACAGCUCAUCAAAGAAGUCUUUAGCUAUUUCACAAGAAUUACUUAAAAUUGAAUUCAACCUCACAGGUAGAAUGGGUAAACGUACCAAAUAUUAAACUUUCAAUACCUGCUAGUUAGUAGUCCAAGCUUUUGAAAAGGAAGAAGGUGAAGAAAGCAAGCCCGAAGUAGUUGAUGAAGAAGAAAUUAAAAUUGAUAAGGAAGAAUUAAAGAUUAUUGAAGAAGAAUAGAAAGAUUCAGUAGACGCUAAGAAAUUAAUUAAUGAAAUGCAACUUAACAUAGCCCCUUAAAAUAUUUAACUCGAUGAAGAAUGUGUUCUUUUGGAAAAGCCAGUGAUAGAUGAUAAUGAUGAUUUCAACAAGAGUGAUAUAGUCAAAAAAGAUGAAAAAUCAGAAUUAAAUAUUUUUGAAUAAGUGCUUGUUCUUGGUAUUAUGAAACACCACGAAAUAGUUAAUCCUCAUGAUGAUUUAUAUCACGAAUACAUCUAGGCCUAUUGCAAUUUGCUUAUUGACAAGAGUUUGAACUGGAUGGUUUUUUCUUGCGGUUUGUUAUACAGAUCAAUUAACGAAUAUAUCAGAUUUAAGAAGAUGGAAAGAGCUCUCUUACAAAUGCAAACUUUAGUUGAUUAAUAUAAUGAUGCCUUACCCACUUGCUAUGAAAGAAUUAAGUAUCUCUUCUCUUUGAAUUAUCCUCACUACUUCGACUUGCAAAAAACACUCGCCGAAAAAUACAUGAAAGUAGGUAUUGUUAUGUCUGGAUGUCAAAUUUUCGAAAGACUUGGCAUGCAUGAAGAAUGUGUAGAGUGCUUAUAAUCAGCUGGCCACAAUGAUAGAGCUAAAAAACUUGCUGAAUAACACUUAAAUAAUCCCACUCCUAAGUUACUUUGUAUAUAUGGUGAAUUGACAAGAGAUAUCAAAUACUUUAAGUAAGCUUGGAAACUUUCUGGUAAAAAGUUUGCUAGAGCUUAGAGGUCAUUGGGUAGAGCUUACUUUUACUCAGGAUUAUUUGACAAAUCAAUUAAAGCAUUCAAGAAGGCCGUCUCUAUUAAUAGAUAUAAUACAGCUCCUUGGUUCACUAUGGGUUGUGCUUACAUCAAAAUAAAUGAAUUAUAAAAUGCUGCUAAUUGUUUCAGUACUGUAGUUUCCAUCAAUGAAUCUGAUGGUGAAUCAUGGGCAAAUCUUUCAUCUUGUUUGAUGAAAUUAGGUAAAAAGCAAGAGGCCUUAAGCACUCUAGAAUAAGCAACCAAAUUCUGUGAAAGAAACUGGCGUAUAUGGGAAAACUUGCUUUAUAUUUCUCUUUCAAACUAAAAGUUUUACAAAUAUUUCGAAUGUAUCGAAAAAUUAGCUGCAUUAAAUCAAAAAUCAGUCAUAGAUGAAGAAACUGUAGCCAAGGUAGUUUAAAUCUUUAAAUUCUAAAUGUCAAAGUACCACACUUCCGACUAUAAGUACUAGUUCUUUACUUACAGAAACAGAAUUGAAAGGCUAUUUAAUUUCUUGCAAAAAGAAAUUGGUGAGAAGCACUAUGUUUGGAAAUACUGGGCUGAAUUUAAGGAAAUAGAAAUAGAUUUUGAAGAACUUCAAACCCUCUUUUUGAUUGAAACAAGAAAGACUAGAAAAUCUGAGAAGGAAUAAGGAAUAGUAAAUAGCAAGCACGAUAAUUCAUACUUUGGUGAAGAUCCAUCAUGGGAAGAAAAAGAGUUAUAAGAAGAUUUCGAAAUGAAAAAGAUCUAGCUUUUAAAUAAAAUCGCUGAUUUGAGAAUGAAAACCUGCUAAGUGAUAUAAAUUGCUGGCUGGUAGGUUGAAAAGAAAUAAUGCGAGCUUUUGUUUGAACACACAUAAUUACUAGUAGAAGCAUAUAAAAAAAUAAAUAACGAAGAAAAAAAUAAAGAACUUGAUAUGUUCAUCAAAUCUAUAAAAAACACAAUAGAACAAACAUUAGAAAAAUAAGUGAAAUUUAAUAAAUGA